UUUUUUUUAAAACAAAUAUUUAAUCGCAUUCGAGCGAAGCCGUGUAGGACACGUAUGUGAUUAUAUAGUCCUCUCCUCUCAAUCCUAAAAGGAGAAGAGGAGAACAAAAGUACCUAGAAUGAACAACUCCCCAUCCUCCGCCGCCAUGGCGGCCCAAAUCUGCGACCAGAUCCGCGCCGUCUUUGCUCCUCCUCACCCAUCUUCAGCCGCCGCCGCCUUCUCCCUCCUCCCACCCCCCCUCGAAGUACUCGCCGGAGAAAUCGCCCGCGCGGCCAACGCAUCCAAGAAAGUCUUCGUGCACGGUGUCGGCCGUGAAGGCCUCAUGCUCAAGGCCUUCUGUAUGCGUCUCUUUCACCUCGGCAUCUCCUCCCAUGUCGUCGGUGACGUCACCACCCCUCCCAUCUCCUCCGGCGAUCUCCUCAUCGCCUCCGCUGGUCCCGGCUCUUUCUCCACCGUCGACGCCAUCUGCCGCGUCUCCAAGUCCGCCGGAGCUCGGAUUGUGUUGAUAACUGCUCAGCCGGGAUCUGGAAGCGAGGCAUCUCUACUGGCUGAUUCGGUCGCGUACCUACCUGGGAGGACGAUGGCGGACGAUGAGGUGGAGGAGGGGUCCGGUGCGUCGCCGGAGUGGUGGUUGCCGAUGGGAAGUGUGUACGAAGGGGCAAUGUUCGUGCUGUUUGAGAUGGUGGUGGUGAAGCUGGGAGAGAAGUUCGGCCGGACGGCGGCGGAUCUCCGGUCUCGCCAUACGAACCUUGAGUAGUGAUCUCUGUCGCCGCCCGCAAGGUGUUUGUGAUAUUGUCGCAAUCGGAGUUGGCUUGGGCUUGGUGCUAAGCGGUGUUUGGUUUGUUAGCUAUUUAAUUAGACAACUAUGUUUCGUAAGGAUGAUAAUGAAUAUAUGACAUACAUGUUAAAUAUUAUGGUUGGGAGAUUUGGAGAACUCUUAUGCAUAAUGAAUGAAAUGAAUUCAAUUUUUACA